AUGAAGUGCACGGUACCCUUUGGCCUGGUCUGCCUUCUGGUCUGCUACGUGCCGCCUUCCGUCUUUUCCAAGGAAUGCUACUUUUGUGAAAUCACAGCCUCGGCCAGGUGCCCCAGCACCCAGAUGAGUUGUGCGGAAGAUGAAGACUGCUUCGUGGGCGAGGGAGCCGCCUUCGGGGUUUCGAUGAUCCAAAACAAGGGGUGCACCCGCUCCAUCAACUGCGGCAAGGAACAGCCCAUACCCCACAUGGGGGUCACCUACAGCUUGGUCACCAAUUGCUGUAAGGGAAACUUGUGCAAUGCAGCUCAACCUCCAGUUCUCACGUCCCUUUUCCUGCGGUUUGCCUUUGCCAGUAUGCUCCUGCUGGGGCUCCUCUGA